AUGGCCUUGCAGCAGGAGUUGCUGCCGGGAAAGCAUCUGCCGACACUGACUCACUGCUUCAUCCGCCUGCUGGAAGAAAAGGGAUUGCUUCAAAGGCUGUUCACUCAGAACAUAGAUGGCCUGGAACGUGUUUGUGGCACUUCGCCGGAGCUUCUGGUGGAAGCCCACGGAUCCUUCGCCAACGCCCACUGCGUGGAAUGCCGUCAGCAGCACGACGUGCUUCGCUGGCGCGACUGUAUCGUUCUGGGACAGCCCGCCUAUGGCAUUGGAUCGGUGAACUUGUCAGAAAGGUGGGUUGAUUUGGUGAAGACAGACAAAGUGGUCGCCAAGGUCACGAUUCCCUCUGACAAGGAUCCCUCACAUGACAUUUCCGUGGAGUACGGCGUUCGACUAGCUACGACGACACGAGCUGUCGCCAAUGCGAGCGAUGAGGAAGAGCUUUGUUUCGAAGAGUUUGUUCAGCAAUCCGAUCUGCCAGUGGGGCAGUUUCCAGCUCCGUCGGAACUCGUGCGAAGCGUGAAUGAGAUGCUCUCCAAGGUAUCGACCGGGGGACCGUCAGUGAAGUUUGGUAGAAAUGGAGACUUCACCGCCCAACUACAGAUGGUCCGAACUCUGCGGCCAGCGCCGUCGCCGGGAUUUGCCGAACCCACUUCUUCCAUUCCACCUCGCUAUGACUCGACGACGGACUCUUUCGUAACGGGACCAUUGCGACUGGAACUGCGGCCUCUGGUAGCAACCGUUUUCAAAGAUGGCAGCCUGACCACUCCAUGGGAUAUCUUCCACAAUGUCAGCCCUGCCGACACUCGAGGCCAUUUUCUUCUUUUGCCCACUCUGUCAGAUCCCGACAAGAACUUGAGAGGCCAGAUCUUUGAGCCUUCCGACUGUCAAGAUAUGGUGCAUCUGACGAGUAGCAUCGAACCUCCCGGUUCUUUGUUCUUGGGCUUCAACAGCGCAGGUGCUGGGGCAAGUCAGAACCACAUCCAUUGCCACGCUUGGCCUUCCCCGCCUAUGUCUCUGUUGCAUCAGGAGGAAGCGCCAGUUAUCACAGCAGCAAAGGACGAGAAAAAGGAGGAAGUUGAAAACAACAAUGGAUGGGACUCUUAUGCAGCAACUAAAGUUGGAGUUCUGUACGAUAUCUAUGACCUUACUGACAGCCGUGUGGAAGCGUCAUAUCUGAAGUAUCCGGUCUUUUGUGUCCAACUCUGCGCAGUGGAAGCGGAACUGGAUCUACUGGGGCAAGCCCUGAAGGUAACUCUUGAUGCGGUUGGUGGAGCCCCAUUCAACAUCGGAUUUCUCAAUCGUCUGGAAGAGCCUUUGCUCGACGAAGGAGAAACAUUGGACAAAGUCAAAUUCGUGGAUGUCUUUGUCUUUGCUCGUUCAAAGGAGCGCUCCCAAGCGGUUCCUUCCCUGAAGAUGGGAAUCAGCGAGAUGAUGGGAGUCUUUCAUGCGCACAGCGCCCAAGAGUUGGAGCUGCUUGCUUCAGAAUUGGCGAACACCGUGCAAGCUCUGAAAGACGUCUCUUUUCAGGAUUCUGAGGCACUUUGGACGUCGAUCAAGCAGAAACUGGCCGAUCUGGACCGACAAGUCGCGGCCGAAACUCGGGUGCCAAAGGAGCUAUCCGCAAGUACUAGCGUUGGACAAGAGUGGUCAACCACGCAAGGCUCGACGAAAGGAAAAAAUCGGCGCAUGAAGUGUCAUCGAGCCCAUUCUUCGCUACCCCAAAACGCAGCAGCAGGAAUCCGCAGUUGCGCCUGCGUAUCCAUUUAUCUAGGUCUAGAAACCCCCGAAGGUCAACAGUGCUUCAUGUUUGGUGUGUUCAGAAGUGUCAUCAACAUAGUUUUUUCUAUUAUUUUACAGGUACAUGUAUUGUUCCGGUUAUCGCUGCAUUGCAGUGAGUGUCUUGCCAGAACUACAAUCAUGACAUCUUCUCAUGCUUGUUCCUAUAGCUGCUACUCAUUGCUAGUCCGCAUGAUAUCUUUGAGUCGCGCUCUUAUCUUGUAA